ACUUAAUGAAAGAUUAGGAUGUAUGAUAUAUAGAAGAAAAUUUGAAAUGGAUAUUCAAGAAUUGAUGCCAGAAAUUGAAGUAUUACAAUUAGCAAUUAAAGAGUUACUAAGUUCACAAAAAUUUAAACAAUUACUUAAAACUAUUUUAGUAAUGGGAAAUUUUUUGAACAAUUCAACUUUCCGAGGAAAUGCUAUUGGAUACAAAUUGGAUUGUCUCUUAAAGAUAAGAGAAACAAAAGCAGUAGAAAAUAAUCCAAAAGGGGCAACAACUUUAUUACAUUAUUUGGUCAUGAUGUUAGAAGAAACACAAAAGGAAAUACUAUCAUUGAUGGAAGAAUUAAAACACACAGAAGCAGCAGCAAGAAUAUCAAUGGUAACAGUAGUCGCAACUGUUACUAGUUUAGGAGCAGGCAUUAGUCAAAUAAAGGAUGAAUUAGUUAUUUUGAAAAAAAAUCAUGAACAUCAUGAAAAUGAUAAUUUUAUUAAAGUUAUGGAGGUGUUUGUACAAGAAGUUGAGCCAAUAAUUGAAAAUAUUAAAGAACAAACAAAAAUUCUUGAAGUAGAUUUAGAAAAUUUAUUAAUUUAUUAUGGAGAAGAUCCUAAAAAGAUGAUACCAGAAGAAUUUUUUGGAAUGAUUACAACAAGAAGAUUAUCAGAUGCAUCAAGUGUAGCAUCAUCAUUAUCAGGAAAAGGAGAAUUUGAUGAGGUGAUUAAAGACCUUAGAUCGGGAUUGAAAAGAACUCGAAAUCGACCAAUUUCAAAAGUAUUUACAGAUGGCACAGCUACUAUAAGAAGAUCUAGACUAUUUUUAGAAAUGGGGAGCAACAACAACAAUAAUAAUAAUUCUAGACCAGUUUCAAGAAUAUUUUUAAAUAUGGAUGGGCUAAUAUCACAUUCUAGACACGUUUCUAGAGAAUUUUUUUAA